AUGCGAGACGCCUAUCCAAGAACGGGAGAUGAUAUGCUGAAGCGCUAUUUGGUAAACCAUUUCCAAGGGAUCGAAGUCAUCGAAUUCCGCACAGAAGCGGAUCUUCGACGUGAGCACGUCAACAAUGUAUACCGUCUUCCACACGUGUUUGACGGCACGAAUCACAUGCUUUUCAACGGCUCUCUGUUCUUCCAUCGAGCUGGUUUUCCACGAAUAGGAAAGUUUGAGCUGACCACGGGACGCUACGAUGAAAUCGAAAUUCCUGGAGCUGCUCACCAGGGUAACAAUUACCUCUUCAAUAAGUCGCUGAACUAUUUCGAUUUGGCUAUCGACGAGAAUGCGCUCUGGAUUCUGUAUCACUAUGAGAGGGAAAAAUUCCUCAGUGUUGCUAAGGUGAGCUAG